CGUAGCAAAGUGUGUUUGGAGGAGAUGCGAGCCCUCGCGACCACUGCACGGUAGAAGACCAGUCGAAGACGAGAUUGGAAUGAAUAGAGUGGGACGAGAUAACGCAUCCCCUUCUGCGCAUCACCGAGAAAUCUCCUCCUCUUCUUGUUUCAAUCGGUUCUUUCGGUGGGUUCGUCCUCUUUUCUCGCGUAAAAGGUUCGAUUCGGGGUGCUAGGUUUCCGUUCUUCUUCACAUUCGGGUCGUUGGAGGAGGAGGAGGAAGGGAGGGAGCAUGGGUUGGUGGGUGAGGAGUUGCCUGCAGUCGGUGCUGAAGAUGGUGAACUCUAUGAUCGGGUUGACGGGGAUGGGAAUGAUCCUCUACGCUCUGUGGAUGCUUCGCUCGUGGUACAAGCACCUGGAUGGUACCUCCUUCGGAGUCUCCGGUUCCACGCCUCCAUGGUUCAUUUACACUUUUCUUGGACUAGGCAUCUCCCUUUGUUUGAUAACAUGCGUGGGUCACAUCGCUGCUGAAACAGCUAACAGUUAUUGUCUUUCUUGUUACAUGGUAUUUGUCUUUCUAUUUAUUACAUUGGAGGCUGCAAUUACUGCAUUUAUAUUUCUGAACAGAGACUGGGAGGAGGAUUUUCCUGAGGAUCCAACGGGAGAGUUCAAUGAAUUAAAGAAUUUCGUGAAAUCAAAUUUUGAAAUGUGUGAAUGGAUAGGUUUGUUGGUUGUGGCUACACAGGCAUUAUCUAUCUUCGCGGCAAUGGUGCUUAGGGCACUUGGACCCGACAGUGGAACCGAUUGCGACAGCGAUGACGACGCCAUACCUGCUAGGCUGCCCCUUAUGAGAAACCAGGUUUAGCAAACUCAUAGGAAGGUCAAUCGAUGAAACCUUUUGCCGAUUACCAUGUGCAUCCCAUCCAAAAGAAUAUUAUAUUUUGGAUUAGGGUUGUAUCUCAGUGCUAUUAUACUGCUGCCUGUACCAUUUAUGUGGGAGUGAUCCAAACUACUGUAACUGUUGUUAGAAUUGCGAUACCAACGCAUGACUCUUCUUGACACCCGUUGCUGACACUGUGAUAGUUGUCAUGACCAUCUGAUACAUUAUUGGUACAGAAAAUACAAAAAGGUCACUUUCUUCCUUAUUGCUUCA